CCUACCACCAGUUUAAUCCCCUCCCUCUCUCUCCCCCAUUGUGUUUGACUUGAAUUACUGAGUGACUCCCCAGGGGGGAGCGCUGAGCUUGGAGCUGUACAGGGGGGAACAACAGUACAACAGCGCACUGACCACAGCACUCAUGUGACGCCGUGAUACCGAGCAGGCAACAUGUGCACAUUCACAUUGCCUAUGUGACUUCGAAUGGUGACACAGCGCCUUCCUGGAAUCCAUACGCGCGAAUCCGUGAAGUAACGGAGUUCCUCUGUGGAUAGAGAACCAUGAGUACUGUGGAGGAGGAGCCGGACCACAUGAUACCAUGAAGAGAAGCCUGCAGGUCCUGCGCUGGGAGCUGCUGAGUGUUGUAGCGAUCCUGGUCGUCUCAGUGGACCUGGUGUCCUCUGUCCAGGAGCCACAGCCCAGCCGGACCCCCCAGGGCCCUUCCUCCAUGGACUUAGCGAGCAGCGCCCCCCUCCCUGUCCUGCCCCCAGAGCCCCCCGGCUGGCAGGAGGGCUCCAGCAGUGGGGAGUUGUCUGCCCAUGGAGGGGGGGUCCGUCACGUCCAGCCCACUGCCUCCCACAGCACCCCGGGUCAGUCACACUCACAAGCCAAUGCACUGGUGCCUGGCACGACAUCUGCUAGUGCUGCUGUUGAUGGUUCUGGCUUUGGCGUGACAAAGCAGAAGAUCCAAGGCUCGCUUCAACGUUCUGAUGCUGGAAACCAGGCCCAUGAACCUUAUGGAGAGACUCUAAAUGAGGCUCAAAAAAUGAAGGCCAUUGCCAGUAAUAAUGACACAGGCGUCCAUGUUGGAUCAACGACAGCAAACCAGUUGCAAAGCAACACUUCUGGCAAGAAGGACCAGCAGGGUGGGCCGGGUUUGGUCCCUGGGGGGGAGUCGGUGAGCCUGGCAGAGUCUGAGUCGGACUCCUCGGGAUCUCCAUCCUCAGGGACUGACAUGGCCGCUGGUGGACGUGGUGCCCCCGGCGUAGCAUCCGCCUCUGCCAUUCCUGUACCACCAGGGCCUUACAGGGGGAGAGGAGACAGCAUGGGUUUUGAGCCGGAGGGUCUUCGGACGGGUCCACAGCCAAGACCGCCACAGGAGCCCAGUACAGAGGAGCCCACGGAUCCUUCAUCACUUUACUACACCACAGCGCUGAAGCCUUCCUCUCUUUUCUCCUCCUCCUCCUCCUCUGCUUUGUCUCUUGAUCCUGCCACCGCAGAUGGAUUCCUCAGGGAGCGUGCCCAGACCAUGCCCGGGUCAGGCCCACAUCACACCAUCACCCUGAGAGAGACGCAUCCCCUGCCAAGAGAAGACCCCACAGAUGACCUGACACUAGAGUCAGGGCCUUCCACUGGCGCCACUGACACUUCCGCUACCACCAGUUUGCCCACAGGAGGGGUGACAUCCAACACCACGACUUACUCCAACGCCACAGAUCCAGCAGGCAACGGAACGGACGCCUCUGGGUCCUCUCAACCCUCUGCGGUCCCAACUGUUGGGGGGGAAACAUUCCCCUCCACAAGCAACAGCACACACACAGCAUCCGUCAUCACAGACACCAACAGCACGGCAGGUGGGCCCUCUCCCGACAUCCGCUCGCACGGCAAAGGCUCGGCCCCGACCGAGGCCCCCUCCACAGCCAGCGGCAACUUCCUCAACAGGCAGGUCCCCGCGGUGACGAACGGGCCCUGGGGCCCCGGCAACCAGUCGGGUCCUGCUCUGGACCCCUCGCACACGCAGGCCACCAUCUGCCUGGGGAAGAUGGACAUUGUGUGGGUGGUGCUCGCCAUCAGUGUGCCUGUGUCCUCCUGCUCUGUCCUCCUGACAGUGUGCUGCAUGAGGAGGAAGAAGAAGUCAGCCAAUCAGGAGAACAACCUGAGCUACUGGAACAACGCCAUCACCAUGGACUACUUCAACCGGCACGCUGUGGAGCUCCCGAGAGAGAUACAGUCCCUGGAGACUGCAGAGGAGCAGGAGACCUUCCUGCCGCCCAAUGGAGACUACAGUGACAGUGGAGUGGUGUUGGUCAACCCCUUCUGCCAGGAGACACUCUUCAUCCACAGAGACAAAGCCUCGGACAUCUGAGAGACAGCAGGAGAAUGAAGGCCAUCAGCCAUGUUGUGGCGUGAUCAAAAUAAGGAGUUGUGGGGUCUCAACUUGAUUCCCUAUCUGUGACUUUGCUUUUUUUUGUAUGUGUUUAACCUCCCCUGUUCAAAGACUCCUCCUUUAUAUCCAAGAGAAAAAAACUAAGCGUACAUGAAGUUUUAAGGAUGAAUGAACCACAAAUACUAUUUACUAUGAGGGUGAGCCCACAUAUUUUUCUGAUGUACAUUUUCUACAGAUGCUUAAUUGUGAUAAGGGUUUUUAUGUCGUUUUUAAAUAAAAGAUGAGACUAUGUGUGAUUCUGUUCUAUUUUCUGUGGCUUGGUGAUGCAAGGAGAUCUGCUUGUAGAGUACUUGUAAAGAUGUUUCUGUGACCUUACCCAAAACUCUUAAGAAAUAAAGCCUGUUGAACUUGAAUUAUGUCAAUGAGGGGAUACUGAACGAUAGGGCUUUGGCUUAUUAGAUGCGCCCUAAGUAAAUGUAGGCUACAAAGAUGAAAUGGAAGUCACCUUGGUGUAUUUAUUCAAACAGACGAUUAAGGAUGUGCGACUGUAAUGUGGAUGGAGCAGUCUUGGCAAACAAAACAACAUGUACACUACACCCUAAACCGUAUGUUUCAAGGACUGGCAGACCCAAAACCAAACGCUUUGCAUGUAACUUUCCUGUAUCUUAAAAGUGACUCAGUAUCUAGCAGUGACACAUUUUGCCAGGACUAGCCCAUCUGCUCUUUCAGAUUUCACGUUCUAUUCCUAAGUUUGAGUGAAUCCCCUGGUCUGUGAGCCCAAACUCUAAUGCUAUUAGGUGGAGAGGCCCCUCAUCUGUCACCAGCUAAGGGGUACCAGAUGACGUAUCCUAAGUCCUUCUGUCCCGCUGUGUCAAACAGUGUGCUCUUGUGUGUGCGUGUGUCUCUCCAGCCGCAUGUGUCUUGUUUCAGGUGUCUGUGUAUCUGUGUGAGCGUGUGUCAGCUGAUUAAACACACCAUCAGUAUCGGUUUAGGAAAGCAAGUACAUGCUACAGUUACAGCAAAUAACUUAAGACUGUCAUUGGCAGUAUGUUUCAGCUGUAUGCCGUGAAUGUUUAAGAACAACUUCAAAUGAUGUGUUGUAAAUGUUGGUGAAAAUCAUAGUUUUAAAAGCUGAUUUGCCUCAAAUUGUUCCCAUGUAGCAAGAAGCAUUUUCAAUGGCAAAACUUUUGUUGAUUUUAAUUUUAAAAAUGUUUUUUUGUUGAUUCAUUUUGCAGUGCAGCUUAAAAGUCCCUAAAUUAUAUUUUAGGCAAUUUAUUAAAGAAAAUUAAGUGUAUUUGCACAUGUAUGUACCUGUGUGCAUGACAGUGUGCAAGUGUGUGUGUGUGUGUGUGUGUCUGUCUGUCUUUCUUCAUGAAUUGACAGGUCUCUAUUGCCCAACUAUGACGUUCAUUUUUUUUUAUGCGAUGAUGCAUUAGGAAUGCAUUAAGAGUCUUCAUAAAACAUUCAAGUACUUAAAGCUUUGUUAUCAAGAUAAUUAUUUCUCAUCACACAUUCUGUUUGCUCAACAUUUGCUGAUUUAAACACUGCCUCAGUUAUUGUUUGCCAGCGUGGUCUGUUCCUGAUUUUAUUUUAUUUUAUAGAUAUAUUUUCAACUGUCUUUUAUGUGUGAUUCGUUAGACAUGUGUUGGAGGUAAACAGCCAGGUUGAUUGUAUGCUGUGUCACCAUGUAUGGAUGUUUUGCUGGAGUGGAUUGCAAGGAAAGCAGCAUCAUAUAUAAUUAGUCCAACAUACCUUUAUGUCCCUUGUUAUGUAUUGUAGCACACACUGUACUUUUUACUGCUGAGCAAUAAAAAAGGAAAAAUCUU